AUGUCACUACUUCCAGAAGACUGUCUAAUCGAUAUCUUUGAGUACCUACGAAAUGAUUUUAAAUCUUUGAAUUCUUGUGUUCGUGUAAACCGGAUUUGGAAUGCAAGUGCAAUUUCGAUAUUAUGGAGUAAUCCUUGGAUUAUUGAGGAAAUAGAUGAUAAAAUUAAGGGUAAACGAAAGCAAAUCGAACUCAUCGACAUUUAUAUUUCAUCCUUGCCUCAAAAAUCCAAAAAUUUUCUGCAACAAAAAGGGAUUGUGAUGCCAAUAUUAUCUCAACCUUUUAUACAUAAUUAUACGAGCUUUAUGAGAACUUUCAAUUUGUAUAUUGAAGAUUGCGUUUGGACUUGGAUGACUAAUCAAAAGAAUUGUUCAGUGAAGGAAUUUAUACAAAAAGUUGAAUUGGUUAUACUUCACUUGUUACAAUUAAUUUUGAAGGAAUCAAUUAUUCGAAAGAUUGUCACUUAUUAUAUUUCUAGCAACAAGGCCACACUCCCUAAACUAGUUGAUAUUUUAACAAAAUUUCCAGAAUUUGGGACGUGUUUUUCAAACCUUCAAGAAAUCGAGUGUGACAGUACCAUUACAAUAAUCCCUCAAGUGUUUGAAAAGUUAAUACCAUAUUGCAAAGAGAUUAAAAAAAUUGUAAUAAAUAAAUAUGAGGAUUCGGGGGAACUGGGUAACUUGAUUGGAACUCAAGCCAAUUUGCAAGAAUUAUUCAUAUAUCAUGAAAAUUAUGAAAAUUUUAAUUAUCUCAUUCCAUUUUCAAAGCAAGAUGUUUUUCGGGGGAUGGCAUUGCAAUCAAAAAGCUUAUUACGAUUAGAGCUUUGUUUUUUUGAUUUCCCAAUUCAUACCCUUGGAGAAUUUGAAAAUUUAGAAGAAUUGAAAUUGAUUAGAUAUGGAUCACCUUUCACAACUCGUGAAAGUUUAGCACCCUUAGCAACAAUUUCAUUGAAGAAACUUAAAAAGGUCUCUUUUCAUAAUUGGUUUUUGAUGAAUAUUGAAUAUUUUGCUGGUUUUUUUGAACAUACUAACGAAGAAGUAAGAGAGAUUGUAAUUAAAUCAAGCUACUCAAUCGCUGAUCGACAAAACACGGGGAAACUCAUCAAUUCAAUUGGAGUUCAUUGUCCAAAACUUGUCAAAUUGGAAAUCCCCGCGUCGACUGACGAUGGUUAUCAAAUGAAAACUUUAUUAGAAUCUCGCAAUAAAUUACAACAUAUUGUCAUUUACAAUAUUAAUGAUGAUUUUAUUAGUUUACCAAGAAUUAUACCCAAUAAGAAAAUUUUAAAAGAACCUGAAGAUGGAUUUAAAGAAAAUUUAUUACAAAUUUUUACACAUCAUUCUUCACCUAACUUGAAUAAUUUAUCGAUAAGUGGUAUUGAGUUUUCAAUGAAAGAUAUUGAAUCAUUUCUUGAAUAUCGUUCAUUAAUUUCUAGGCCAAUUUUAUUUCAUUACAAUUUUUCAUAUAAUAAGAAAAUCAAAAAUCUAUUAAAUAGGUAUAAAAAGAGAGGAAUUUUGCUUGAAGAAAGAACUUUUAAUAGGAAGUAG